AUGCGCCGGGACAAGCCGCAGGAGCGCGCGGCCAGCUGGCCGGCCGACCACGUCACGGUGCUCAUCGCCCUGUGGGCCGAGGCGGCCGCCGUGCACGACCUGAGCUCCCGCGGCCGCAACCGCGUGGUGUACGACGGCAUCUCGCAGCGCCUGGCCGAGCUGGGCAUCUACCGCACCGGCGACCAGUGCCGCGAGAAGAUGAAGGGCCUCAAGGUGGCCUACCGCAAGGCCAAGGAGAACAACGCGGCCGGGCGCCCGCCCAUGCGCUGCCCCUUCUACGAGGAGAUGGACCAGAUCAUGCGGCGCUGCGCCAGCACCGGCGCCGGCUUUCUCUCGGAGGCCGGUGACGGGGCCCUCGCCGGGGAAAGGCCAGAGGGUGCCGCUCCCCCAGAGGCCUGGGGGCCUGCAGGCUUCGAGUCCUGGGACUCCCAGGGCGCUGCUGCCUUUGAGCACUGGGAGUCGCAGGCGUCCGCCUCGGAUCAGUGGGGCUCGCAGGCAGCCGCGUCCGAGAGCCAGGGUGCCGAGGACCCGGGCUGUGGCCUGUCCGAGGGGCAGGAUGCGCUGGGCGAGGUACAGGCCGUUCGCGUCAAGGAGGAGGAGGCGUCCGAGGAAGAGCUGCCCCCCGAGCCCGGCCCUUCUACCUCCAUGGCGAUGGAGCCCGAGGCAGAGCCGCGGCAGCUGUCAGCACUGGACCGGCUGGCCCACCUGCGGGCGCGGAAGCGCAAGGCACGGGAGGAGGGGCCAGCAGAGGCAGCGCGGGGCACAGGACCAAAGCAUGGGCGCACCCACCCACUGGAGCUGAAGCGUGCGCGGCGUGCGAGCGCCUGGCGGGCAGAGGAGCGACAGAGCCUGGUGGAAUUCAUGCAGCAUGACCGAGAGAUGCGGCGUGAGGAGCGGGACUUCCAGGCACAGCUGCUGGAGCGUCUGCUGCAGAGGCAGCUGGAGGCAUUACAGGCCCUGGCGCAGGCCCCGGCCUCGCAGGAGCACGGGGAGCUGGCACGGGCAGAGGGCCCGGGUGCAGGGCUGCAGUUCCAGGCGCUGCUGGAGCAGGCGGUACGGGGCAGGGGCCGGGGCAAGGAGACGGAGGCGGGUGCGGUGGAGCUCCGAGGGGAGCCUGAAGCGGCAGGGAAGGCCCCAGCCUCGGCCCCGGCCCCGGCCACAGUGCAGUACUGGACAGCGGACGAGAUCCUGCGCUGGUUGGUGCCACAGCAGCCAGUGAAUGGUCAACAACCACGGUGCCGGGAUGGGCCACAGGGACCCAGGCCCCUGCUUGCCACAGGGCCAGUCCCGGCGCCUGCCACAGCAUGGUGGGCCAGGGAGCAGCGUGACGCAGAGGCCGAGGGAGCGGGUGACACCAAAGUAGGCGCAGAGGACCCGAUGGCACGGCAGCGCUUCCUGGGCUUCCGCUACGAGGUGACAGCGGGGCCACGUGAGGCUUACAGCCGCCUGCAGGAGCUAUGCCAACGCUGGCUGCGGCCCGAGGCACACAGCAAAGAGCAGGUGCUGGAGCAGUUAGUGCUGGAGCAGUUCUUGAGCCUGCUGCCAGAGCAGGCACAGCGUUGGGUGCGGGAGCAGCGACCUGAGAGCGGCCCUGAGGCUGUGGGCCUGGCCGAGGACUUCCUGCUAGCUCAGUGCCAGGCCAGGCGGCUGCAACCCCAGGUGUUGGAGCCUUCCUGUGGAGGGGCCAUGGGUCCUGGCACUGCAGAGCAGGUGCCCCUGAUGCAGGGGCAGAGGGAACCCAACAUGGGCGUCACACAGGAGGAUCACAGAAGUGCUGGCUCACUGGACCCACGUGGCCCUGCAGCCUCCAGGGUAUGUAUGGGGGGCCUAGAGACAGUGGCAAGCGGCAGGAGCAGGGCUGCACCUGCAAGGAGCCGGCUGGCAGAGAACGGCCUAGAGUCACUGCCUGGGGCAGGGAGCCCGGAAGAGCUGCAGGCAGCAAUGGGGCGGCCACUGAAGCAGCAUGGGACCUCCUGGGGGCAGGAUACGAGGGCACCACGGGGAGCCACAGCACGGGGCAGCCACACAAGCAAGGCUGAAAAUGGGGCUGAGCCCCCGGCGGACAGGAUACCCAACCCGUGUGGAAGGAGCCCCCGGUGCCUGAGCCCCAAGGCCGACAGCUCCUCACCACGUGCAGACCCUGGCUCACCAUGGGAUGUGGACAGCAGCACCAAUGGGAGGUCGGAGGGCGGUGCAGCCUGUCCUGGGGGUCAGCGCCUGUGCCAAGGCUGUGCCGUGCUGCGGGCCCAGCUUGAAGCGGCGCAGGAGGAGCUGCGGGAGGCCAGAGCCUCCCCCCUGCUGGGGCUGAGCAGCACCGCCUUGCGGGACCUGCAAGCUGCGCUGGGCACCAUCUCACGCGUGCUGAGUGAGCGGAGGCUUCCAACCACCAAGGCCCCCCGAGACGUCACCCAGGGCCCAGGAAAGCUGCUGCCUGCAGAUACACAUCUCUCAUGAUGCCCAGUGCCUGGUUGCUGCCACCACCAUGGGACCCACCGGAGCAUCAGCCCCAGCGGAUGUUGAAGAGCUGCCUGGCCCCACCUGGAGCCCCUGGUACUGACUCAGUGUCAGGU